GAAUGCGAAUGCUCGAGUGUCGCGCGAUGCGGAGCCUUGACGAGGUCUCGAAAGCGUUGCAGAGCUUGAGUUUAAACGACUCCAACCUUCGACGACCCUUGAACGAAUUCCUCCCUUAAACUUCGGAGCAUAUUCCGCAUUAUUUUUCACCAAGUAUUCGAAGGCACGUGUCGAUCAUGGCACCUCAUCAGGCGACGGAGAAGACGAGCAAGCAGGUGGAAGCCGGGGUCGAGGCCGACGACUACAACGUGAAGUUUCCACGGCCGCUUCAGCUGGAGGAGAAAAAAUAUCUUCUGGCCGUCGAACGAGGCGAUCUAGCCAACGUGCGCAGAAUGCUUCAGGCCGCGAAUAAUCCCGCUCGGUCACGGCAAACGCGGUCCCUGGACGUGAACUGCGUAGACAGCCUAGGCCGCGGCGCUCUGGCGCUUUCGAUCGAAGCGGAAAACCUCCAGAUGCUUGAGUUGCUCGUGGUGAUGGGGGUGGAGACGGGAGACGCACUGCUGCACGCGAUCAACGGAGAAUUCGUGGAGGCGGUGGAGCUGCUGCUGGAGCACGAGGAGCUGCUCCGUGGAGAAGAGGCCGCCAGCGCGUUGGCCUCGUCGCCGGAAGCCACGGGGGGCAAGAGAUCGAGUCUGGCUAACGGCGGGGGCGGCGACGAGGUCGUCCACAGCUGGCAGAGGGUUGACCCUGCCGUGGCGAGGUUCCCGCCGGGAACGACACCCCUCAUCCUCGCCGCCCAGCGCGAUAACUACGAGAUCCUGAAGCUUCUCCUGGACCGAGGUGCCACCCUCCCGAUGCCCCACGACAUCAAGUGUGGCUGCCCUGAUUGCGUUCGUGCCGCCGCCGACGACCCCCUACGCCUCUCGUCCACGCGAUUGUCCGAGUACCGAGCCCUUGCCAGCCCCUGUCUCAUUGCCCUGAGCUCGAGCGACCCCAUCAUGACUGCCUUCCAGCUCAGCUGGGAACUCAGGCAACUUGGUCUCGCCGAGCCGGAAGCCCGUGCCGAGUACGGCAAGCUUCGAAAGCAGGUUGAACGCUUUGCCGUUGACCUUCUACAGCAGGCGAGAACCACCGCGGAACUGUCGACGAUAUUGAACCACGACCCGGACGACGAAUUAAUUGCCGAGUCGGAUUCGACGGCCAUGAAGACGUUGCCGCGGCUCGAGACGGCGGUUCGUUACAAGCAAAAGCAUUUCGUUGCUCAUCCUCACGUCCAGCAGCUUCUGGCUGCUAUUUGGUACGAGGGGGUACCUGGCUUCCGCCGGAUGUCGACGGCGAAACGGAUCUGGAUGCUGGUCAGAACUGCUCUUUUAUUUCCGCUACACUGUCUCGUCUAUCUAUUUGCCCCCGAUUCGACACUGGGUCGACAGAUGCGGAACCCCUUCGUCAAGUUCCUUGUUCACGCAGCGUCGUACCUUUUCUUCCUUGGUGUCCUGAUCCUCGUGUCGCAGCGCGCCGACGUCCAAGCUGUGCGACUCCUCGGCGGUGAAGAGGCGCGGAAAAACUUGGAGAAAUCCUUGCUGAGGCAGCGAGGAGUCGGCCCGUCCCCGCUGGAGUGUAUCGUCCUUAUCUACGUUCUGGGGUUCAUCUUGCAGGAGACUCGCGAGGUCUGGGUCGACGGAUUGCGCAGCUACCUUAGAGACCUCUGGAACUUUAUCGACUUCACCCGGAACACCCUUUACGUCACAACCGCCAUCCUCAGAGUCGCCGCUUACGUCCAGCAGACCGCUGAGAUCCGGAGAAAUCCCGACACUGCGACGAUUCCACGAGAAGAAUGGCCGGAUUUCGAUCCCCAGUUGGUCGCUGAAGGGCUUUUCUCCGCUGCCAACAUCUUCAGUGCCUUCAAACUCGUCCAUCUAUUCAGCAUCGAUCCACACCUUGGACCCCUUCAGAUCUCGUUGGGCAGAAUGGUGAUCGAUAUUGUCAAGUUCUUUUUCAUCUACACUCUUGUGCUCUUCGCGUUUGCCUGCGGCCUGAACCAGCUUCUUUGGUACUUCGCUGAGCUGGAAAGACGAAAGUGUUACGGUGCUGCCGAUAUCGCACCUGACUGGGACGGAGCCGGUGAUGCCUGUUCCCGGUGGCGAAGGUUCAGCAGCCUCUUCGAAACCUGUCAGAGUCUCUUCUGGGCGAGCUUCGGAGGUGUUGGAAUCGAUAGUUUCGAGUUAACAGGUAUCAAGUCGUACACGAGAUUCUGGGGUCUCCUAAUGUUUGGCUCGUACUCGGUGAUCAACGUAAUCGUGUUGCUGAACCUGCUGAUCGCGAUGAUGAGCAACAGCUACACGCUUAUCGUGGAUCAUUCGGACAUCGAGUGGAAAUUCGCGAGAACAAAGCUUUGGAUGAGCUACUUCGAGCAGGGUGGGACGCUACCGCCGCCAUUCAACCUGGUACCAGCUCCAAAAAUGCUUCUUAGACUCUGUGGCGAGCGCAAAAUGAAACCGAGCCGAGGUUACAGCAGGAGAAAACGCUUUCAGGAGCACAGAUACGAAGGCGUGAUGAGGGCUCUGGUCUGGCGUUACGUCGUUGCGGAUCACAACAACCAAGUUAUGGAGCCGGUGACUGAAGAUAACGUCCACGAGUUGAAGUCGGAACUUUCUUCCUGGCGGUGCGAGCUUCUCGAUAUCCUGGGCAGGAACGGCAUGGAUAUUUCCGGGGUCGAUACAAAGGAUAGAACGUGCCCGGGCCGUAAGAUGCGAGUAUGGGAAAGACGCCUGAUGAAGGGCUUCCAAGUUCUGGGACCGAUCGCCGGUCUCGCCGAAGAAGAGGCUCGUGAAGAGCUCGCGUUGCAGCAGCCCCCAGAAGGCGAAGAGAACGCGGCACGGUGGAGACGCGUCGCCCGUCUUGCGGUGCUCAAAUCUGCGGGUCAUCGUUGGGGCCAGGUCGUCGGCCGGGUAGUUCAAAGCUCGCAGAUCGGUAGGAGCAACAGCCAGGCAUCUCUGCAGAGCCAGAAGAGCUUGAAACUGGCCAUGGAGCAGGCACGACGGCUUGCCGCGAAGAGUCCGUUGCCACCGGUCAGUCCCAUUCAUCUUCCGGACACGACGAACUCCAGCAUUCUCCACAUUCUGAAGGAUAUAAACGAGAGCGACGAUGAGAGAGUCGCAGUCACCCCAGAGCCAAGUUCGAGACCUCCGGCGGUUGUUGGAUACGUCGAUGAGAAGCAGCCGAAGCCGGUAAAACGGAGUCCCGGUCGAGUGGUGAAACCGCUCAUGUCGAAGGUGAUCUCGGAUCCGAAGAAGAACAGAGCGCGUGUCAGUCCGGGGAAAACUCCACGGCAGCAAACGUCGUCACCUUCGGCCGAAAGCCUGACGAAAAAAGUUCCGGAUGUUUCUGUUACCCCGGACACCCCGGAGUUGGGUCAAGGAACCGAGAACUUGAACAACGAUAAGCGACGUCUGGUCAAGCCGGUGCCUAGGUCGCCGCGGUUUGCAACGUCGAGAUCACCAAGGAGAGGAGGAGGCUGGCUCUGAUAUCUCAAGACGCGGUCUAGACGCCUUUGGCAAUUUGCAGAGUGCCUUGUACAACGCUA